AUGUCACAGCACAAGAACAAGAAGGGCUCGGUGAAAACUGAAAAGCAAAAUUUUUUCAGCCAGCAAUCGGCUCCUGCAGCUCCGGCGGACCGGGCCUCAAACGACAAUGAGGACCCUAAGUCGGAUGACAGCAAGCAAAGUUUGAGAUCUGGUGCACCGCUAAACAACCAACAAAUCACCAAGGCUGAUCUCUCUGCAGCCUUAGAGGCAUUAUCGCACAAGCUGAUAACAACCUGGCAACACACGGCAGACUCUAUGAGAAAAGACAUACAAGAGCUGGGGAAGCGAACAACCAACAUGGAGGAUAAAUGCGAUGAAUUCGCCACGGCGCACAACGACCUAGCCACCACUGUAGAACACAGGGAAUAUACAUGGCUGGUCCCGCGGAUGUACCUUAUCAUCCACCAAAGGAUCAAUAGCAGUUGCCGCCCACCCUGA